GGCUCCCUGACUGAUAGCCGGGAAUACAGCAGGUAGGAAGGCAGAGGCGGAGGCGGGCUGUUUCAGAAGUGCUGCUUAACCACAGAAGACAGACGUGCCAGAAAGAAAUACGUUACAGACGUUCGCCCACGUGUGCUGUUAUGAAAAUUGUGCCACGAAACUAAAGUAUCAGACAAGUAGAAUCAGUCAAACUACAAGGCGCGGAAAGCCAUCGGACUGGGCGGAAAGGCGAAAUCUGGGAUAGCGGACUCGGAAUCCCAGUCAAUCGAGACAGAGGAUAUGGGAACCCUUUAAGUGGACUAUUACAGGCCUGGCAUGCAACACUGACUUUUGUUUUUAAUCUGUGAAUAUACUAGUAGUGGACUCAUUUUUCUGCUGGUGAGAGAGAAGGAAGCCAAUAGUCACCAUGCUGCAGCAAAUCUUGGCUGAUAUGUAUAUUGAUCCUGACCUUCUGGCUGAACUCAGUGAAGAGCAAAAGCAAAUCCUUUUUUUCAAAAUGAGACAGGAACAAAUUCGGAGAUGGAAGGAGAAGGAGCCGUUACUUGAAAAAGAAGAUGCACUGAGGACAAAAUCAAAGAAAGCAAAUGGAAAGGCAGUAAAUUGGCUCUUGGGAUCAGAUUCCGAUGUCUGGGUUUGGGUAAUGGGAGAACAUUCCAAGGACAAACCCUAUGACCAGAUCUGUGAUGAAAUUAUUACAGAACGAGCUCGACAACAAGCUCAGAAGGAAGCAGAAGAAAUCCGGAAGAAAAACGAGGAAGAACUUGUUAAAAGAUUUUCAAAUGCCCAUCUGCUGGAAACCCAAAUUGAAGUGUUUGACACCUGGAAGAAGAAAGAAGAAGAAGAAAAAAAGGCAGCUUUUGAAGAGCAAGCCAGACAGGCAGCAGCCGCUGAUCAACAGAGAAUUGAGCAGGAGCUGAAGAAAAGAGAGGAGGAAGAGAGAAGAAAACAUGAGGAAGAACUGAAACGCUUAGAGGAAGAAAGGACCAUGGAAAUAUAUACAACACUAAAGGAAGUUCAAGAAAAUGUCCAGAAGCAAGAAAAAGAAGAUCCUGAGUGGCAAGAAACAUUAAGGAAAUCAAAGGCAGCUGAUGAGAGGAGAAAGUCCAUUGCAAAGCAAGCUAGAGACGACUACAAACGGCAUUCCCUUAAGGCCAUUGAAAGAGGCAGAGUUGCAGCCCUGUCCAAAGAAUAUGCAGGAGGACAAACCGCUAAGCCUUCUCUGCCUCUAAAACCAGCACAGAAAAAUACAGUCAGUCAAGGACUUGGAAGGAAAGGGGGAAUCCGGAGAACGGCCUCCACAUCAACCAAAGAGAGCAUUAUAAAAUGGUUCAAGGAAGACCAGAUUCCUCGUCGAGCUGGUUUUGAAAAAAACAGUGACAAAGUAGCAGUUUGGUUCCAUGGAAUCAUUACAAGACAGAAAUCAGAGGAUCUACUCAGUACUAAAGGCCCAGGACAUUUUCUCAUCAGGGUUAGUGAAAAGAUUAUGGGAUAUGUGCUUUCUUAUCACUGCCAAAAAUCCUACAAGCACUUUCUCAUCGAUGCCUCAGAAACGUACAGCUUUCUAGGAGUGGAUCAGCUGCAGCAUGCCUCUCUGGUUGAUCUUGUCGACUACCAUAAGGUAGAAGUCAUUUCUAUGGCAGGGAAGGAGCAGCUUGUUGAGCCAUGCGGACAGACUGCAGGCGGGGUGGAUUACUACGAACUUUUCAAUUGAUAUCCACUUUGUUAAGGCUUACCUUGAUCAAGUAUUUAUGUAUAGUUUGGACAUUCAAGUCCAUAAAUUAGAAAUGUGUUUUUUAAAAAAGAAAAACCUAAUUGAGAGGUACUGUCAUCAUGUUGUACUAAGUUUACUGUGCAUUUAUUUUAUGUUGGUUAUUAAACUUUAUCGUUCAUAUGUAAUAAAUGUAAUUGGUGGUGCUCA